AUUACUCUUUUUAGGAUGCCAAUGAAAAUUCAUUCACCAUUUGAUAAGGAAAAAGCUAUCACUUCUAGUUCACCUGCUUCAGAAAUAACAAAGCAAAAUGUAGAAGAGGAGUCGUACGGUCACCAGUUAUCAGCACGCAAGGAAGAACUGAACCUGGCGAAACACGUUACACCGUGCGGCUUCCUGCACACGAGGAUCUCGGACAGGGGAGUGAACAAGUGUUCGUUGGAAGUCCAGGCUAUAGACUACACUGAGCUCACCAAGGACAUGACCACUGAGGAGACUCGGCUGCCGCCUGCGCCUUCAGAGCACGAAGUUGAACAGAUCCCGGCUGAGCCUCCUACCAAGCCUGUGCUCGUCAUCGUUUCAAAACACGAGUUUGAUGCUGUUCUCCUGCAGAAGAAGAAGAUCUACUCCCAGACAGAAGUGAUGGUCCCGACUCGUGGCCAGCGGGCGUACAAUUGCAAAAUGGAGAUUUGCGUCUAUGACCUGGAAGUGGACAACAGAAUGGUGGAUCACAUUUUGAAGUCGGAGAAGAAUCCUCAGGUGUUUGUGACGUGGAACUUCCUCGGCCUCGAGCAGUCGACUCUGACCAUGCCCCUGACCCAAGCCCACUUCCACACCAACGUUGUCUACUCCGGUCCACUAUCUGAGGAGAUGUCUCGCCACGUUAAUCAAAGUGAGAUGCCAAUUUACAUGAUGCUGGUGAAGUCUGAUGGUAGUGCGGAGAGGGUGGGGGAGGGCAGUCUGAACCUGACUCCUGCAAUAGACCAGCCCGACCGAGGGUUCCUGCGCUGUGUCAAUCUGUCUGGUAGUCACGGCUCUGCAAGUGUCUACUGCUCCUUCAAACUGCACGAGUGUUGUCCAGGAGCUGAAGCUGCUACUCCGCCAGCGGAGACUCUGGAAGUUGGCAUUGGACACCUGAAACUGAACGACCACGAGCACACAAGUCCAGAUGCAAACCACCUUUAUGUUGAGUACUCUCUCUUAGGAUAUUGUGGACCAGAACUGGAGACAGAUAGUGUGCCCAAGUCAGAUGUGAUGCGAUUCAACCAUACAAAGCGACUGAAAGUGAGCAAGUCCAACGCCAAACACCUGGAGCCUAUGUUGAAGACUAAACAUGCAAAAACACUGAGGUUUAUUAUACUGGCAGAACCCUGCAGCCUUACCCAGGAAACUGAAAUUGAGGAAAUCGGACAUGCUGACCUGAACCUGAUGGAGGAGAUAGUGCUGAAAGAUCAAGAUCUGAUCAGCACGGAGAUACCAGUGUAUGACAAUCGGGGCCAGUUGUUGGGUAGUCUCAGUGUCACAGUCAUCGGCAACUCCACUCUACAGAACUAUGUGAAGAAAUAGGAUCAUAACAGCCUGUGAUACACUAUGUAAUACAUUAUUAAGAUGCUAAUAAAUGUAAAUAACUAGGA